AUGCCACCCUCUCUCGCACGACAACAAUUAAUACUCCACCGCAGUGUUCCUGAACUAGGAGGAAAUCGUUACACGGAGUUGCGCUAUCACGAUUCCUCAGGUCUCAAGGAUUCGAACGAUACCAAAUACGGCUACUCAAGCGGUGCUGAGGAUGUUCAUAAGGAGAGUCCUCUUCAAGAGACACAUCUCCACGCUGCGCACACGAGAGGUGAUGAGUGGCAGCUACUGCACUCGCUGGACAAGAGCUCGAAGCUGUUCUCGAAGCUGGCUUCAAAACAGCUGGUUUCACUGGCUGAGCUGCCCGAGCAGCAUGGCGAUGAUGGCGACGACGAGGCAAAGUACAAUACAAUGCUGGCCAGGCUGAAAGACAUCACCCAGCUCUACCGCGAGAAGAAGCUGGACGGGCCCUUGAAGCUGUCAAGGCACUCGACAGAGCCUCUGGUUUCACUGGCUCUCUCUACAGGCCACUGUAGAGAGCUAUACACUACGCUGCUGAGCGCAGACGUCGACAUCACAACGUCACAGUAUAGCAAGCUGAGAAACACGCUGAGGAAGGGGUCUGAGCAGGAUCGCUCGCUGUACGAGUUCUCUCCAAUGCUCAGCGACGACGAGACACUUCGUUUGAAGUUCCUCACUGCGUAUUCCUUCGACAUGAUCAACCAGAUCGUGGUGAGGUACAUCCAGCUGAACGAGCCAAUGUUGGCUAACAAGUACCUGGAAUUGCUGAUAUCCAAGUACCAGCUGAACACGGAGCUACGCUCGUCGUCGCCAGACGAAGACUCCAAGCUGUACGAGACGAUCUCGUACCUGACCAUCAAGCAUGGCCACUACAAGUAUGCGCUGAAGGUCCUCGAGCAGAUGAGUGAGAAGGGCAUCACAAUCACGCCCAAGCUGUUCACCAUCAUCGUGACCUCGCUAAGGCACAAGAAACAGUACAACGCCAUCCUUGUUGUGCUGAGAAGCAUCCCGUCCAUCUUGGAGGACUGUCCGCUGAAGGUGAAGAGCAUACUGAUCAAUGAGCUGCUGAGAGUGAUACGUGAUGAGUUCCCACGUGAGGCCAAGGUGGUGCUGGCCCACUUUGUCGAGAUCUUCCCUCAUUGGUCCAGGGAGCUGAACCUGCUGGGCCUCAGUGGUGUUGUAUACCUCAAGACUGUCAGACGUUUACCUGAAGGGUAUGAAGUGGCACAGGCCUCUGUGAAUGAGUUCUACAGGGUUCCAAACCCUUCGAACGAGAACGUGACCGAGUUGUACGCUGCUGUGCUGAACCACAUGGCUCAUCACAGCACAGACACCUCGUACAACCUGUCGCUGCUGUUCAAAAGGUACAUGAGCAGGGUGGUGGAGUGCUUUGAUGAUCCAGCGAGUCCAUUCAGGAAGUCUAAGCUGGAUACGGGAGUGCUGGAGCUGUUCAUCAAGCACUCUAUCAGGAUCAGAAACCCCGGGCUGGCAUUCUAUAUGCUGAAGCAGUUCAUCAACAGAGUCGAUCUGCCGGUGGUGAGGUUCAACAAGAAGCUCAUCACCUAUGUGUUCUAUCACCACGGCAUGAUGAAGGACCAAUGCUCAGUAUUCGAUCAGAUGAGCCAGAUAAUGUCCAGGUACAAGGUGCCAGUGGACUUCAACAUGCUGAGUGCCCUGGUGUUCAAGGACAGCGAGAACUCGCAGUUUUGGUACGAUAAGCUGGUGGAGAUGGGAUACCCGGUACAGCUGGACAAGCUGAGAAGGAAAGCACAGCGAGAAGGGUGGCCAUUGGAGGAGCUGAGCAGGGAAACGUCGCAUUGGGAAGAUCAGGCCAAUUGGAUGGAAGAGGAAGAUGAGGAGUUCGUCAAAGAGCUACAGCAGUCGUUGGACAAGCUAUCAACAGCAUAG